ACUUAAUUAAAUAUACACUUUUCCUCUAUAUGUUUAUAGCAGAAUUUCUGCAGAAUGAGUUCUGUUGAGAAGCGGAAUACUAAAACGAAUGUAAGGUCUAAAAAGAAGUCCAACAAAAACAAGCCAAAAUGCAUAUUUGAGGAGUUGGAACAUAGAAUGAUUACUUUGGUUAAGAAUGAGCUGAAGAGGCUGAAAAAUCAUUCGAACCCUGGUUACCCUGCAUGCUUUGAAAGUGAAGUGGUGGAUGAUCCCGAUAUCAGAGAGGCGUUACUAAAGUUCACAGCAUGUGUUCUUGAUAACAUAAAGCAGACAGAUCUCUCUGAAACACUGCAGAAGGAACUGUUCUUCAUACAUCAACAAAAGCAUAAAUACAAAAUGAGGGACAAAUUUAAAAGAAUCUGUGAAGCCUCACAUCAUGGAAUCUCAGCACUUCUGAAUGAGAUCUACACGGAGCUCAACAUUACUGAAGGUGAAGGGGGAGAUGAAGGGGAUGUCACUAGGGAGCAUGAAGUGAGACAGAUUGAAAAGCCAUCGAAGAGACCGGCAUCAAAUGAGACACCCAUUAAAUGUAAUGAUCUCUUUAAGGACAAGUCCAUCCGAAGUGUGCUGACUAAAGGAAUUGCUGGAAUUGGAAAAACUAUCUCUGUGCAGAAGUUCAUUCUGGACUGGGCUGAAGGAAAAGCAAAUCAAGACAUCACCUUCAUGUUUCCACUUCCUUUUAGAGAGCUGAAUCUGAUGAAGCAGAAAAAUCUCAGUCUGAUGGAACUUCUUCAUCACUUUUUCCCAGAAACAAAUGAAGAACUGUUGACCUGUGAGGCCUAUAAAAUACUGUUCAUCUUCGAUGGUCUGGAUGAAUAUCGACUUCCUCUAAAUUUCCAGAACAAUGACAGAUUGUGUGAUGUGACAGAGUCAGCCUCAGUGGAUGUGCUGUUGAUAAACCUCAUCAAGGGAAAUCUGCUUCCCUUUGCUCUUCUCUGGAUCACCUCUCCACCAGCAGCAGCUCAUCAGAUCCCUCCUGAGUGUGUAGAUCAGGUAACAGAGGUACGAGGGUUCAGUGAUUCUCAGAAAGAGGAGUACUUCAGGAAGAUUAUCAGUGAUCAGACUCUGGCCAAUAAAAUCAUUUCACACAUGAAGUCUUCAAGAAGUCUCUACAACAUGUGCCAAAUCCCAGUCUUCUGCUGGAUCUCAGCCACUGUUCUAGGGAGAAUGUUGGGUGAAGCAAUAAGUGGCAAGAUCCCCAAGACUCUGACUCAAAUGUUUACACAUUUCCUGAUCAUUCAGAUCAAACAAAACGACCAAAAAUGCGAUCAGAAAUGUGACCCUGGUCUUCAGCAGACCAAAGAGAGUAUUCUGGCACUGGGAAAACUGGCUUUCCAACAGCUGGAGAAAGGAAAGCUGCUCUUCUAUGAGGAAGACCUGACAGAGUGUGGCAUUGGUGUCAAAGAAGCGACAGUAUACUCAGGAGUGUGUACUCAGAUCUUCAGAGAGGAGUUCGGGCUUCAUCUGGGGAAGGUGUUCAGCUUUGUACAUCUGAGUGUUCAGGAGUUUCUGGCUGCUUUAUACGCAUUUCUUUUCUUCAUCAACAGAAAUCCAACAGAACAACCUACCACAGCUGAUCUUUUCAACAACUCGAGCAUGUCUGAUUUCCUCAGGAGUGCAGUAGACAUGGCUUUACAAAGUGCGAAUGGACAUCUGGACCUGUUCCUUCGCUUCCUUCUUGGCCUUUCUCUAGAGUCCAAUCAGACUCUCUUAAAAGGCCUACUGCCCCAGACAGGAAGUAGCUCUCACAUUACCUCAGUAACAGUCACAUAUAUUAAAAAGAUGAUCCAAGAGCCUCCCUCUAUAGAAAACUCCAUUAAUCUGUUCCACUGUCUAGAUGAACUGAAUGAACAUUCUUUAGAGCAGGAAGUACAAACCUACCUGAAACCUGGAAGUUACAACUGUCUUAGUGGAACCAAUCUUUCUUCCCUUCAGUGGUCAGCACUGGUUUUUGUGUUGCUGAUGUCAAAACAUGAACAGGAGGACUUUGAUUUGAGGACGUAUGACCGGUCAGAGGAAUGUCUCAUAAGGCUGAUGCCAGUCAUCAAGGAAUCCAGAAAAUCUUUGCUGUGUGGGUGUAACCUCUCCGAGGAGAGCUGCAGAGUUCUGUCCUCUGUCCUUAAAUCAAACACCUCUGCUCUGAGACAUCUGGACCUGAGUGACAAUAAACUGUAUAAUACCGGAAUUAAGGCGCUCGCUGAAGGACUGGAAAGUGUACAAUGUAAACUGGAAACACUGUGGCUGAUGCACUGCGGCAUUACAGAUGACGGCUUUGUUGCUCUGGCUUCAGCUCUGAGGAAGAACCCCACGUCAAACCUACAAGAGUUACAUCUGAACCGCAAUGAGCCCGGAGACGAAGGAGUGAUGAUGCUGUCUGACCUCCGGAAAGAUACAAAAUGCAGAUUGGAAAGAUUAUACAUUGAGACCGACCCCUAUGAGCUGGAUAAGAGGACUCCCUCAAAUAUUUUGAUCAACAGGCCCACAACCUCUGAAACAGAUUUAUCUGAAUUUGUCAUGACACAAAAACGUAGUGCAAGGAAACAGUAUUGAGAGCCAGCACUUUAUGUUGUAAGAUAUGUCGGGAACAUAGCAAAUAAUAUUGUUUAUUAUUAUAUUAUGCAUUUGUGAAAUUCAUGUACUGUAUAAUGUGUGUGGGUAGUUAUAUCAUGUAUAUUAAAAUAUUGUUAGCGUUUUGGCUGCUGGCGUCGAGAGGGUCACCACAGCGGACCAUCCGACCUGUACAACAACUUGGCACAGGUUUUAUGCUGGAUGCCCUUCCUGACCCAACCCUUCCAUUUAAUUUGGGCUUGGGACUGGCACUGCAGUGGCUGGGGUUUGGACAUUGGGUGACAAUCUACCUGGGUAAGACUCAAAAAAGUCUGUUUUGAGUAGUAUUGAGUGUGGUGCUUUGUGCUUCCUUGAAAAGUACGUUGAGAGUACAACUGUAAUAUUGUGCUAAUAUAAUGGUGGUUUAGACACUUAAGGCUCUGGCUUGCUGACCAGAGAGGUCAGCAGUUUGGCCCCUGCCACCACCGGGUUGCCACCUUUGGGAAACGCUCUCAACCUUGUGCCCAUAUACAGUACCCAGCCCCUAUGAUGUGUGGUAUCAUCAGAGCCAGUCUGAAAGUCUCCAAGCCUGUAGAAAUAGGUGGGUUACAGCAAAAAGGGCAUCUGGUGUAAAACCUGUGCCAAAAACUUAACGGCUUGAAAGAGGAGAUGUGGUGACCCUGAGGAAGGGAAAUGGCCUCCAAAAUGUAAUCAUUUUCUGCAGU